UCUUUAUGUUCCCAUCGAGGCACGGGGAAAGUCCACCAUGAUGUACGCUAAUGCUGGGCCGUAUUCCGUUCUGGUACUAAAGGUCUGGGGAGACUGGGGAAACUGGGGAUCAGCGCCGGUCGCCGACCAUGGAUCAUGGAUCGCGGAAGAUGGGGAAGAAUGGGGAUGCUCCACGAGGGAAACCCAAUCAAGGCGACGGGCAGGAUAUGGCGGUCUCUCUUGGCCUAGGAUCAACAGCAGCUAGCUCUAGUUCUAGAUAAUAGGAGGCAUCGUCGGAC